AUGGGAUCCGGAUGGAGUAAUGCGAGAUGGGAGUAUGGAUUCUAUCCUAGACCUGGCGCAGAUGGCGAACAACAACUACAACAGAAUCAACAGAAUCCACAGCAACAAGAGAUUGAAAUCAUCGAUAGUAACAAUAUCAAUGACACUCAGAUGUCGACGCUCUCAUCGAUUCUACCACAGAUCUACACUACCAAGACUGUCAGUAGUAAAGUGAAUAUACUGCGUGACACCAUCAUCUUUGAUCGCAUAGACAAACGAAUUGGUGGUGGUGGUACUAGAGUAGUAGUAUCCACAAACAACAACAGCAACAGUGAUACCAUUGCAGUCUUACCAACCUCAAUAAUAGAAUCUGAUAAUUAUCCAACCAUUGAAGUAGAGGAAGAAGAAGAAGAAAAGGCGGUAAUAGAUAACAACAAUAUUAAUACAGCGGAGACAUCUACAUAUACAACUACUACUUCAACAACUACCUCUACAACAACAACAACUAAUAAUAAUAAUAAUAACAAUAGUAUAUUUAAUAAAUCAGUUGAAGAAGAGGAUGGAGAAGAGUUGGAAGGUAAUUCACCACCCAAGCCAAUUGCAAAACCAGAGGGAAUCUAUAAUAUUAAAUUCAAAUUCGACACUGAAGAGCCUUGUAUCAUUGAAAUAUACAUUGUUGCAGCUGAUACUUUUAAUAAUAUUACAUCACAUACAAAGUUAGGACCAUUCUACUAUCAAGAGGGAUUGAAUCAACAGUUUUCAUUAUCACCAUCAGAGUAUAUAGAUCUAUCAAAGUAUACACAUUUAGAUAUAACAACUUGUAAUAUAGAGAAAGUUCAAUAUCCUGUUAUAAUAACUUUAAAGACAAAUUCUUAUGUAGUUGAAGAAAGAAAGCAAUCAAGUAUAUUAGAGACAUCUACAACACCUGUACCACCACCAUUAACAACAACAACAACAACCACUACAACUACUACAACUACUACACCAACAACAACAACAACAACAGAACCAGUUACAGUUUCAUUAGAAAAGUUAAAUAUUAAUAGCAGUAAUAGUAAUAUUAAUGAUACGGUAAUAAGAUGUCAAUAUACAUACUUGGCAUUGUUAGCAUGUAAUGAUCAAACCUAUGCAAUUAAACCACUUAAACAAAAGACAAUCUUUGGACAACAAAAUUAUAUUGUACAUGAUAUUUAUGGUUUGGAGCAUAAUUCAGAGGAUAAUCGUGAGUGUGUCGUCUGUUUGACUGAGCCAAAAGAUAUACUUGCCAUUCCAUGUAGACAUUUCUGUUUGUGUUCAAAGUGUGCAGAGACUAUGAGAACCGUUUCAAUUAAGUGUCCAAUUUGUAGAUCACCAAUCAGAUCAUUAUUAAAGAUAAAUACAAAAGAGAUACAAGCUUAG